AUGCGAUUCGGUUAUCUAACCGUUAUCUCUUAUCGAUGGUUGAAACAUCGUUUCAAUAAUGAAUUAAUUAUCAAUACUACAUCAGGUUUAUUUCAAGGUAAAGAAAUCCUAACUUAUGAUGUCUCAAUUCGACAAUAUCUUGGUAUUCCAUAUGGUGAAAAACCAGUUCGUUUUGAAAUGCCUAUAUUACGAAAAUAUAAUAAAAAAAUUGUACAUGCCAUAGAACGUACAUCGGCAUGUUUACAAGCUCCUGGUGGUCUUUCAUAUGGUCCAUUUGAAUUAUCUGAUAUGUAUGAUGAAGAUUGUUUAACAUUAAAUAUGUUUAUUCCAAAAACAAAAUCUUUUAUUCCAAAAGCAAUUAUGGUAUUUUGUCAUGGUGGUUCAAAUCAAGUAGGUUCAGGUUCAUUAUUUGAUGGAAGUGCUGUAGCUGCAAUUGGUGAUGUUAUUAUUAUAACAAUUAAUUAUCGUUUAAAUAUAUUAGGAUUUUUAACACCUGAUAGAAAUAUUAUGUCAGGAAAUUAUGGUUUACAUGAUCAAUUAUUAGCAUUAAAAUGGAUAUCAAUAAAUGCAAAAAAUUUUAAUGGUGAUUCAAAACGUAUAACAUAUGUGGGACAUUCAGCUGGUGCAGCUAAUGCUGUUUUACUUGCAAUGUCAACACGAUCGAAAGGUUUAAUAGCUCGAGUUAUUGCUCAAAGUGGUGGCCCAUUAAAUCAAUGGGCUAUUGAUCAAAAUCCAAAAGUUCGAUAUGAUAAUGUUGUUAAACGAAAUGGUAUGGAUACAAAGGAAAAAUUUAUUCAAUCGAAUAUUGAACAAUUGAAAAAUUUAUCAACUAAAGAAUUUCGUUAUAUGUAUCAUUCAGGUUUAGGAAUAUCACCAAAUUAUCCAUUCCCGGUGGUUGAUAAUGAUAUAUUAACUGAUAAUAUUGAACAAAUGAUUCGUACAGGACCACUUGUUAAUAUUGAUAUAUUAAUCGGUGCAACAGCUGAUGAAUCAUUAUAUUUUGCUGAAGAUCAUAUAUUUCGUCAUUAUUUACCAAAAAACGAUCGUACAAUUGCAUAUUUAACAGGCAAUUUAGAAUCAUCAACAAAAUCUUCAACUGGUCAAUCGACUGAAUAUGAACAGCCUCGUGGAUUUUCUUAUUUUAAGAAAAAUAAAUAUAUUAAAAAUUAUUUACAAACAAAUUAUCCAAAUCAUUUAUGUUUCUAUGACGAAAUACAAGCACGAUAUAUGCCUCAUAUAAAUCAUCAACAUAAUGUAACUGAAGUUGCCCAUCUCUAUACAAAUCUAGUCAGUGAUUUAAUGUUCUAUUAUGAUCUUGUUCGUUUUCUUCAUGAACGUUUAAAUUCUCCAUCAUUAGCAUCAACAUAUGUUUAUUAUUAUACAUAUCCACCAAUAUUCGACUUUGAAAAUGUUCUACGACGUAUGCCACAUAUGGUUGGACAUUUUGCUGAACUUGAUUUAAUAUGGGGUGUACCAUUUUUUAAUCGUACAAAUCAAACAAUAUUAAAUAUGCCUUAUAAUAUGAAUUUAUCUUAUACAACAAAAGAAAUUGAACUUAGUUAUCAAAUGAUUCGAUAUUGGACAAAUUUUGCUAAAACAGGAAAUCCAAAUGAACAAAAUAAUAUUUCGAUUUAUUGGCCAUUAUAUGAAAAACUAAAUAAAUCUUAUAUAAAUUUUCAUGCCAAUAAAAUACAUAUAGAAAAUAACUUUUUUGAAGAACGUUUUCAAUUUUGGGAUAUAAUAUCACAUCGUCCAAUAUGUAAUCCAUUUCGUUGGUAUCAUACAUCUUUACUUAUUGGUAUAUUAAUACUUACACUAUUAUUAAUAUUAAUUUUUAUUUUUCAUAAUACAAUACGAUCACGUCGAAAUAUAAAACCAACAGAAUUAACUACCAAUAACAUUUUAGUUACCUAUCAUUUUUUACCAAGUGUUGUAUCUUAA